CUUCACAAAAAACCUCCAACCAAGCAAGGAUGAGCAGCACGAAGAAGGUGCUUUACGUAGGUGGUCUUGCUGAGGAAGUCGACAUCCCGAUGCUCACCGCGGCCUUCAUCCCGUUCGGCGAUCUGGUCGACGUCCAGAUGCCCAUGGAUUACUCGACAGACAAGCACCGUGGAUUUGGAUUUGUCGAGUUUGAGGACGCAGAAGACGCAGCUGCCGCCAUUGACAACAUGGACGAAGCAGAGCUCUUUGGCCGUACGAUUCGUGUCAACGUUGCCAACCCCGCAAAGUAUCCAGAGCGUGCGAACAAAGCAGUCUGGACAGAGGAAAGUUACUUUGAGCAACAGCAACAAGAGCAUGCGUCCAACGAUGCCACCGCUACCGAGACCAAUGCAUCGGCUCGUGCUGCAUGGCAGGCUGAAGCGGUGCCCGCCGCCGCCGCACCUGCGGUGCCUGCCGCUCCCUCGACUGGUGGCAACAAGCUUCCUCGCGUGUACAUGGACAUUAAAAUCGGCAGCUCUAAAGCUGGCCGUAUCGUAAUGGAAUUGCGCUCGGACGUCACGCCACGAACCGCGGAAAACUUUCGACAACUCUGCACUCACAGCAAAGGCUUUGGGUUUAAGGGCAGUUCAUUCCAUCGUAUUAUUCCAGACUUUAUGUGCCAAGGAGGCGACUUUACUCGACACAACGGCACAGGUGGCAAGUCAAUAUACGGCGAAAAGUUUGCAGACGAGAACUUUACGCUCAAGCACACGGGAGCAGGCACCUUGUCCAUGGCCAACUCGGGACCAAAUUCGAACGGGUCGCAGUUCUUUAUGUGCUUGACCAAGACGGACUGGCUGGAUGGAAAGCACGUCGUCUUUGGCCAGGUCAUUCAAGGCCUGGAUGUUCUUCGGCGCAUGGAGGCGCAAGGCGGCGAAAGCGGCAAGACCAAGACCAAAGUUGUGAUUGAAGAUUGCGGCGAGUUGUAGUGUUGUUGUUGCUGAUGUUAUCAAUGAAUUAAGAAAGUAUUGGUU